GCAGCGGCAGGGCAGCGGCAGCGGGAGGGCUGGCGGGUGUCGGAGAGAGGAUCCCGCCCGGGGUCCGUGGCCCGCGGCGGCCGAGGCCCAGGUGCAGAAGCCGGCACGCGCCCAGGCCCGGGCGGCAUGCGGAGGCCCCACGGGCGGCAGGAUGAGUGUGAGUACAGAGGCAGGCGGCAUGGGCCGCCAGGAGCAGGGCACCUACGGCCUGCACAUCUACCCACAGCUGUCCUGGACACCGAGCCCGGCCUCGUGCUGUGUGACUGCCACCAAGGACAGCACCACGGCCGAGGUCAUCCGCGAGGCUGUGGCCCGCCUACAGCUGGACGGCAGCAGGCUCUAUGCACUGGCGGAGGUGAAGGAGGCUGGCGGUGAGGAGUGGCUGCUGGACGCCAGCGAUGCCCCCGUGCACCGUGUGCUGCUGUGGCCGCGCCGGGCACAGGCUGAGCACCCGCGCGAGGAUGGCUACUACUUCCUGCUGCAGGAACGUGGUGCCGAUGGUGCCAUCCAGCAUGUGCACUCGCCCUUAGUGACGCAGGCCUCGGCGGCUCGGCGCUUGGUGCAACGCGGCCUCCUGCCUCCACCACAAGCUGAUGUGGAUGACCUGUGCAACCUGCCUGAGCUGACAGAGGAGAACCUGCUGCGCAGCCUCAAGUGCCGCUUCCUGCAGCAGAAGAUCUACACCUACGCCGGCAGCAUCCUGGUAGCCAUCAACCCCUUCAAGUUCCUGCCCAUCUACAACCCCAAGUACGUGAAGCUCUAUGAGAACCAGCGGCUGGGUAAGCUGGAGCCGCACGUGUUCGCGCUGGCUGAUGUGGCCUACUACACCAUGCUGCGCAAGCGCGUGAAUCAGUGCAUCGUUAUCUCGGGCGAGAGCGGCUCGGGCAAGACGCAGAGCACCAACUUCCUCAUUCACUGCCUCACUGCGCUCAGCCAGAAGGGCUAUGCCAGCGGUGUGGAAAGGACCAUCCUGGGUGCGGGGCCAGUGCUUGAGGCCUUCGGGAAUGCCAAGACGGCCCACAACAACAACUCCAGCCGCUUUGGCAAGUUCAUCCAAGUCAACUACCUGGAGAGUGGCAUCGUGCGCGGAGCUGUCGUGGAAAAAUACCUGCUUGAAAAGUCUCGCCUGGUAUCUCAGGAGAAGGAUGAGCGAAACUACCACGUGUUUUACUAUUUGCUCCUCGGGGUCAGUGAGGAAGAGCGCCAAGAAUUCCAGCUCAAGCAGCCGGAAGAUUACUUCUACCUCAACCAGCAUAACUUGAAGAUCGAGGAUGGGGAAGACCUGAAGCACGACUUCGCACGGCUGAAGCAGGCCAUGGAGAUGGUGGGCUUCCUCCCCACCACCAAGAGGCAGAUCUUCUCGGUGCUCUCAGCCAUCCUGUACCUGGGCAACGUCACCUACAGGAAGAGGCCUACGGGUCGCGAUGAGGGCCUGGAGGUUGGGCCGGCCGAGGUGCUAGACACGCUGUCACGGCUGCUGAAGGUGAAGCGUGAGAUCUUGGUGGAGGUCCUGACCAAAAGAAAAACGGUGACCGCUAAUGACAAGCUCAUCCUGCCCUACAGCCUCGGCGAGGCUGUCACCGCCCGUGACUCCAUGGCCAAGUCCCUGUACAGUGCCCUGUUCGACUGGAUUGUGCUGCGGAUCAACCACGCGCUCCUCAACAAGAAGGAUGUGGAGGAGGCUGUCUCGUGCCUGUCCAUCGGGGUCCUUGACAUUUUCGGCUUUGAGGACUUUGAGCGGAACAGCUUCGAGCAAUUCUGCAUCAACUACGCCAAUGAGCGGCUGCAGUACUACUUCAACCAGCACAUCUUCAAGCUGGAGCAGGAGGAGUACCAGGGUGAGGGCAUCACCUGGCACAACAUCGCCUACACGGACAACGUGGGCUGCAUCCAUCUCAUCAGCAAGAAACCCACCGGCCUCUUCUACCUGCUGGAUGAGGAGAGCAACUUCCCCCACGCCACGAGCCAGACCCUGCUGGCCAAGUUCAAGCAGCAGCACGAGGACAAUAAGUACUUCCUGGGCACACCAGUCCGGGAGCCUGCCUUCAUCAUCCAGCACUUCGCGGGCCGUGUCAAGUACCAGAUCAAGGACUUCCGGGAGAAGAACAUGGACUACAUGCGGCCGGACAUCGUGGCUCUGCUGCGCAGCAGUGACAGUGCUUAUGUGCGCGAACUCAUCGGCAUGGAGCCUGUGGCCGUGUUCCGCUGGGCCGUGCUGCGCGCCGCCCUGAGGGCCAUGGCCGUGCUGCGGGAGGCUGCGCGCCUGCGGGCCGAGAGGCGGGAGAGGAUGGCAGGUCCCGGCAGCCCUGAUGCCCAGAGUCCCCCAGGAGUGCCGCCUUCAGGAGCCGACACGUCAUCUGAGAGGCUUUACCGUGAGCUGCACCACCAGAUGAUCGAGAGCAUCAAGGGCUUGCCCUGGCAGGGCGAGGACCCCCGCAGGCUGCUACAGUCCCUCAGCCGGCUCCAGCGGCCACGCCCCUGCAUCCUGAAGAGUAAAGGUAUCAAACAAAAGCAGCUCAUUCCCAAGAACCUGCUAGACCGUGAGUCUCUGAGGCUGAUUGUCAGCAUGACGCUCCACGACCGCACCACCAAGUCCCUGCUGCACCUGCACAAGAAGAAGAAGCCACCCAGCAUCAGUGCCCAGUUCCAGACAUCCCUGAACAAGUUGCUGGAGACCCUGGGCAAAGCCGAGCCCUUCUUCAUCCGCUGCAUCCGCUCCAACGCUGCCAAGAAGGAGCUGUGCUUCGAUGACGAGCUGGUCCUGCAGCAGCUGCGCUAUACCGGGAUGCUGGAGACCGUGCGCAUCCGCCGCUCCGGCUACAGCGCCAAGUACACCUUCCAGGACUUCACAGAGCAGUUCCAGGUGCUGCUGCCCAAGGAGGCCCAGCCCUGCCGCGAGGUCAUCUCGGCGCUUCUGGAGAAGAUGCGCAUGGAUGAGAGGAACUACCAGAUCGGGAAGACCAAGGUCUUCCUAAAAGAAACAGAGCGCCAGGCCCUACAGGAGACACUGCACCGUGAGGUCAUGCGCAAGAUUCUGCUGCUGCAGAGCUGGUUCCGCACAGUGCUGGAGCGUCGCCACUUCUUGCACAUGCGCCGUGCCGCUGUGGCCAUCCAGGUCUGCUGGCGCUCCUACCGCACACAAAGGGCAUUGGUGAGGACACAGGCCGCCAUGUGCCUGCAGGCCGCCUGGAGAGGCUACCGGCAGCGCAAGGCCUACCAGCGCUGGCGCCAGAGUGUCGUCCGCCUGCAGAGCCUGUGCCGUGGCCACCUGCAGCGCCGGAGCUUCAGCCAGAUGCUCAUGGAGAAGAAGUGUGAGGAGCAGCGGUCAAGGGAGGCCCUGGAGGCUGCAGGGGCGCAGGACUUGGAGGCCCUUGAGACACAGGUGGCCGGGCAGGACUUGGAGGCUGCUGGGGACAGCGAGCACCCAGCACCAGGGCUUGCGGCACAGCCUGCGGAUGGGGCAGCAGUGGAGGUGGAGGCCCUGGGCCAUGGGGAGGGAUUCCCGGCCCCCGGGAGCACAGCUGCGGCAGUGGCAGGCGAGGGGCAAGAGAAGGCGACCAGCAGCCGGGAGAAGCGUGAGUCCCGGCGGCAGCGAGGCCUGGAGCAUGUGGAGCUACAGAACCGGCACCUGCAGGCCUCACGCGAGGAGCGCAGCAGGGCCGAGGCUUGUCCCUGCACCGAGCCCGUGGCACCAUCCCAGGCAGCUGCCACAGUCCUUGUUGACAGUGCAGGGGACCCGGGGCCCAGCCCUGCACAACGGCCGACCAGCCUGGCCCUGGAUGUGGCCUCCAAGGACAGGAGCCGGCGGGCUGACAGCCCCGGGGCCGCGGUGCAGAUCCAGCGGUACCAGCCUCCUGAGGCUGAGCGGUUGGCCAUCGCCGUGGAGCAGUGGCGUGGCCGGAAGCUGGGGACCACUGCUGGCAGCACACUGAGCCAGUCCCUAGACCUCAGUGACAGGCACCGGGCUGCAGGGGCAGCCCUCACCCCCACCGAGGAGAGGCGCAUCUCCUUGUCCACAGGCGACGUCUCCAAGCUGGCCCCAGCCAAAGCACAGCUUUCAGAAACUGACGGGGAGUCCAGCAUCAAGAAGCCAGUUGUGCUCAAGAAGAAGUCGGGUGAUGCCUCCUCCGGCCCAGAGGCAGGGCUGUCACCAGGCUCCCAGGCCGACUCUAAGUCCACAUUUAAAAGACUUUUUCUACAUAAGACCAAGGAUAAGAAGAACAGCCCAGAGGGUAUGGAGGAGACAGAGACUACGGUGUCUGGGCAUGUUGGGUCAGAAGCCACUCCUGUGAUGAAGAAACUGGAAGCCCCAUCUGGCCACCAGCCACGCCACACAUCGGGCGAGAAGCACACCAAGGACACAGGCAGCAAAGGGAAGAGGAACCGCAACCUCAAGAUCGGCAAGAUCACAGUGACGGAGAAGUGGCGGGAAUCGGUGUUCCGCAAGAUCACGAAUGCCAAUGAGCUCAAGUACUUGGAUGAGUUCCUGCUCAACAAGAUAAAUGACCUGCGCUCCCAGAAGACACCCAUUGAGAGCCUGUUCAUUGAGGCCACCGAGCGGUUCCGCAGCAACAUCAAAACCAUGUACUCUGUCCCGAAUGGAAAGAUCCACGUGGGCUACAAGGACCUGAUGGAGAACUACCAGAUUAUUGUCAACAACCUGGCCAGUGAGCGCGGGGAGGACACCAAUCCGGUCCUCAACCUCUUCCAGUCACUGCUGGACGAGUUCACACGGUGCUGCAAGACUGACUUUGAGCCUGGGAAGCCCAGUAAAGCUCAGAAAAAGAAGCGGAAGCAGGAGCGAGCUGUGAGUAGGCGUGUUCAUGAACACAAUGGCCACGUGUUUGCCAGCUACCAGGUUAGCAUCCCGCAGUCGUGUGAACACUGCCUCUCCUACAUCUGGCUCAUGGACAAGGCCCUGCUCUGCAGCGUGUGCAAGAUGACCUGCCACAAGAAGUGCAUGCACAAGAUUCAGAACUGCUGCUCCUACCUGAGUGGGAGGAGGAGCGAACCAGGCACUGAGCUGGGCCACUUUGGCGUGUGCGUGGACAGCCUGACUGGAGACAAGACGUCAGUGCCCCUGGUGCUGGAGAAGCUGCUGGAGCACGUGGAGCUGCACGGGCUCUACACUGAGGGCCUCUAUCGCAAGUCGGGCACUGCACAUCGCACACGCGAGCUCCGGCAGGCGCUGCAGACAGACCCCGUAGCUGUGCGGUUGGAGGACUUCCCCAUUCACGCUAUCACCGGUGUCCUCAAGCAGUGGCUACGUGAGCUGCCCGAGCCCCUCAUGACCUUUGCCCAGUAUGGCGACUUCCUCCGUGCUGUGGAGCUGCCAGAGAAGCAGGAGCAGCUGGCUGCCAUCUAUACUGUCCUGGAGCACCUGCCCAAAGCCAACCAUGACUCGCUGGAGCGGCUCAUCUUCCAUCUUGUCAAGGUGGCCCUGCUGGAGGAUGUGAACCGCAUGUCACCGGGGGCACUGGCCAUCGUCUUCGCUCCAUGCCUCCUACGCUGCCCUGACACCUCGGACCCACUGACCAGCAUGAAGGAUGUGCUCAAGAUCACCACGUGCGUGGAGAUGCUGAUCAAGGAGCAGAUGCGGAAGUACAGGGUGAAGAUGGAGGAGAUCAGCCAGCUGGAGGCGGAGGAGAGCAUCGCGUGCCAUAGGCUUUCUCUUCUGCAGCAGAGUGUGCCCUGGCCUUUCAAACUGGGGUUCUCGUCUCCCUGUGAGGGGGUGCCGAGCAAGAGCCCCAAGACUCCUGUGAGCCGCGACGGCAGCCUGGAGGAGCUGGAAGUACUUGCUGAGGAGGAGGCCACCAGUGCCACUGACGGCGAGGACCAGGAGAAGGAGAUGCUCAUGGAGCGCAUCCAGUCCCUCAAGGAGGAAAAGGAGGACAUCACCUACCGGCUGCCUGAGCUGGAGCCCAGGGGCUCAGAUGAGGAGAACCUGGACUCAGAAACGUCAGCCAGCACCGAGAGCCUGCUGGAGGAGCGGGCUGGGCGGGGGGCUGCGGAAGGGCCCCCCGCGCCUGCGCCCCCCCAUCCCACUGCGCCCGCCCCAAGCCCCCUCCCCGCGAUGGUGCCUCUGAGGCAUCGGCCAGCGUCCUUCGCCAUGGUUAGAGUGAAGACUCCGCGGAGGACACCUGUCAUGCCCACAGCCAACAUCAAGCUCCCGCCUGGCCUCCCCUCUCACCUGCCCAACCGGGAGUCCACAGGACCUGUGAGGCGCCGGGAGCCGCCAGCCCGCCGCCCCGACCAGGUGCGCUCCAUGUACAUCGCGCCCAGCCUGGGGCUGCCCACACUUGGAGCCCUUGCACCCCUGGAUGAAGAUGCUCGGCCACUGGGGGCCAAGCGCAGGUACUCAGACCCUCCCACCUACUGCCUGCCCCCCGCCCCGGGCCAGGCCCCCAGCUGAGGCCUGAGACAGUCACGUCGAGAACACCGCCAGCAGCUGGCCAGCAGCUGCAGUGGCUCCAGGAAGGAUCCAGAUUGGAAGCUCCAGAGUAACGGCUUAAGAGUGCUGCCCUGGCCAGGGUCCAGGCUAGGAAGGCCACUGGGGCUGGCCACCGUCACCUCUGGAUCCUCCAGUCACUGAUGCACAUCCGGGCCACCAAGUCCCAGCAGUGGCCUCACCUCCCCGCCUGUUUUGUACGUUUUUAUAACUUUGUACAUGGUUUACAUAACUCGAAACUGUAACAGCUUAUUGGGAGACCAAAUUGUUUCAUACUGUAUGUUCGGACUUUGCUAUUAACACUGUGUCCGUCCUGUAACCUGGGCCUAGGCAGAGCAGAGACUAUGGCGGUGGUCACACUGUGGUCCCCUAGGAGUGGCCACAAGUCCCCUGUACAGCACAGGAGCAGUGCACUCCUGGGCACCUCACCACCCUUUUCUGUCUGCGAUAUGGGACUCCCAUUUGCUAGGGAUGGCCACUGCCCAAGGUACAUUCCAGGAAGCGUCGGAGCCCUGUGCGGGGUCACAAGAUGCGAGCUCGUGUGGCGUUGCCUGCAGCAGGACACAUCUGCACCCCAGGGGCACCAGAAUGCAUCAUCACACUUCUGUCCCUUGUGUUAUGGUGCCAGGGGCUGGAAGAGACCAACACUGACUCAGGACCAUGCUCCAGCCUCAAGCUGCCCAUUCCUGCAGACUCACAGCUGUGGUCUGCGUGCCUGUCAGGCUCCAAAGCUCUCUGACACCAGGCUCCAAGGCUAAUGCCAGGCCUUGGGUGCCUGUCUGCCCCACGGGUGGAAUAAAGGAAAAGUGCCUGUGACACCUCUGUAUGGGAUUUACACCUGUGCCACAGGGCAUCGCUGCUGUCUGGAUGUGAUGCAGACCCUUCAAGGCAUGGACCAGGGCUUAAAUGGGGGUGGGGACAAGAGUCUUGCAGUGUGAACACAGGUUGUGCACCCCUCACCCGGAACCAGAAACGCUCCAGAGUUUGAGCACCAGUGCACACGGGUGCAGAAUUCAUCCCUAACAUCACAUGAGGGUCAAAGUCAGAAUCUGCCCCUAGCAAGAUAGCAGUUUACUCAGGGGAGGGAGGCCUGUACAGCAGGAACACAACACGUGCUUGGCCUCAAGCCCUGGGUUCUAUGCCAGCACAAAAGACAGGUUUAUGUUUAUAAUGCGAACAUGCACCUUACCCAAGGGAGCCACGUGUGAGGGCACUCCUGUCAGCCAAGUACCCUGGGACACUGAGCUAUGAAAAUCCCAGUUUAAGGCCAUCUGGUGAAACUCCAGAUCUUGUCUCAAAAAAACAGCUAAGGAUACAACUCUGUAGGCCCUGGGUUUAAGCCUCAGUGCCCCCCAAAAGGUAAAUGAGUGUUAUGUUUACACUUGGGUGCAAUCUCUAAGACGCCUUGUUCUAUAGGUAUAUAUUCCAAAGCACUUCCGGUUCCAAGCAGUUUGGAGAUGAGAUACUCAGGCUGUGUCAGGGGCAAGGGUCAGUCCCACUGUGGAGGGAGGAGCUGCUUCCUGUCCUGGAGGACCGGGAGCACCACCCUGCAGAUGGCCUUGGCCAGCAGCACCCCUCGAUGGGGGAACAGGUGGGGCCGGAGCCUCCAAGGUUACAUCUGAGAAGGGGCAGGCUGGGACCCAGGCUCUGGAGGAUCUGCUCUGAAAGCCCCUUAGCUUACAGUCCCAGGCUUUUGGCUUCUCUGGUGCGGACCCGGGGACAACCCUUGGUCAGGCACCCUGGGGCUCCCCGGCGGC